AUGAGCAAUGCUCGGAAGGCUUUGUCCUGGGACACCCCUCCUACAGACCUUUUCGAGAAGCGGAAAGCACUUUUGAAAGCUCAAGUGAGAGACACAAUCGGUCAAGCCACAACCGCAGAGGCCAAGAAGAAGGUCGAAACAAUGAUUGCAGAAUUUCACGGAGAAAUCCCGGUGAAGCGAUUCCCGGAGGAUCUUCCGCAAGAUUUCCGUGAAACCCAUCACCUGCUUUCUUGCCUUUUCUUGGCAAACUUUCACGAAACCGAGGACCACGCAUGGGGUACCUUCGUCUUCAAGCGACAGCUUUGGCGUAGCAAUGAAGCCGGGGGUAUACUGAAGACCACCGCGGAAUGGCAUAUUUCAUUUGACCUCCAAGCUCGCGCGCCCAAGCCUUCCUCCAUAACCGCCACGGAUGGUCAAUCCGAUCAGCGGAUUGGGAAGAUUUCAGCUGAUACUGGAUCAGGCGGAGAUAUGCGGCACGAAAAACAUAAGUUCUGGUAUGCAGAGUGUCUCUCCAAUGAUCUACCAUCGCGUUGGAUACACCGGUCUUUCGCGAACAGAGCUAGUUUCGACAUGAUACGCUCCCAGCAAUACGAAUCACUCCAGUUCACCAAUUAUACGAUACAGAGAUUCAUCGAUGAAGAGGGAGAGAGGCCCGUGGACUCGAUUGAGGAGAUAUCCUUGAUCUUACUCCUGAAAUCCUCCCCUCAUGAGCGACUUCAGCGUUUCGUGGAAGAUCUGAACCGCCCUUUCGCAAAUCGGUUGGUCGGAUCGGAAAUCGAGACGAAUCCAGGUCGAAGGAUUGCGGAGACACUCGCCGAAUUCAACAAAAAACACAAAAUCAUGCUAGGCCCUUGGCAACUCCCGUCGCCUUGGGGAAAUUGGUGUCUGAAGGAAGAGUUCUGUUCUACCGGCCGAUCGCAUGACGAAGCCUCCUUUGCGUUCCACAGAACAUUGUGGAAUCCGCUGACAGCGUUCUCGCUUGUCGCGAGGUGGAACAUACGUACACUGCAGCAAGACACCGGGGGUAUAUUUUUGCUGCAAGAGCUUGCCGAUCCCCGUGGUGUGACGAGUUUGAGCGAUCACAUGUUACCGAAGGACAAAAGAUCUGAAUGUGAGACCCUUGAGGCAGAAGCCCAAAUGCUGAGUUACGUCGUAGAGGAGAAGACUGAAGCCAUGACAGAGCUCUCUCAAAUGUCGGUAUCGCAAGCAACAUUCUUCAAUGCAGAGCGUGUUGCAGUCAGGGAUUCUGCCUCUGGACCUUAUGAUCCAUUUUUUGAGUCAUGUCGUGAUGCUUCGACCAGCAGCCAAGCGGCAGGGGAGACGAACCGACAGGCUUCCGCCAUCCGGUGGACCCUGCGCGUGCGGAUACAGCGAUGCUGUACCGUGCCGACUCCCAGAAAUUAUGUGGCUUUAUCGCGUCAUUUGCAUGCUGCGCAUGCUGACAUGUUGAAACGUAGCUUCUCCGCUUGUAUAAUAUGCAUUCCUUUGUCGCAAUUCGUCAUAGCUUCCAACGAAGGGACUACCUCCAUGUUUUCCUCAAGUAAGACUCAGCAGCUCCCCGGCGAGGUGCCUUUUUAUGUAAAAGGCUGUUCGGGUGGCCAUAGUAUUUUUGGUAGCUCAACAUCUGAGGCAGCUCCCGCUGAGCUGAAAGAAGCGUUGGGGACGUACCGAGCUCCUCACGUCGUCUUCAAACGCUUUCUUGAGCAAUUGAGAGGUACCGUGUAUCAAGUAAUGAGGGAACCGUCGGCCCGCGUUACUUUCGAAUAUUUACAAAGGAGAGUGGAGAGGUACAACGCAUCUCAUAGCCCUACUUUACCUUCGACGGAUUUGCCACCGCGGAUCUGGAUGAUCUUCGCUCUCAGACUUUGUGUAUCCGUCGUUCCCUUAAUGAGUAGACCUAUACGAACAGGCUCAGUGAUCCGCAAAUCGCUUGGCGUAUCGCCUGGCAGGUGGUCUGGCGAACUGAGCGACUCAGCUGAUCGGGAAGGAUGGGACCCGGCCACGAUCCUCGAGGAGAAAAUAUUGGCCAGCGCAUAUCAGGAGUUGAAUGAGCUGGACAGUGAUUUCGACGAGCAGCAAUUGAACAAAGUCAUCGGUAGGCUAUGCGUAGAGUACACAGCAGGGCAGUCCAGUAAAACCCUCUGGAAGCCAGAUCACAAGCUUCCUCAAGCCUAUCGUAAAUGCGUCAUGAGAGAUUCGGCGCAUCUCAGGACGGCGGAUCGAUGUCUUUGCUUUGAGCGUCAAAUCAGGAGGACGGAUGGAAACGGUCGUCUCGUCGCGAGGGCCUUCUGGGUCAUUGCCGUCUCAAACAUACAGCAUGGCAGCCCCGAGGCCGGUGAUGACCCUUCGACACGGACCUCCAAACUCAACUUGAAAGGCAGCAAAAGUACAACAUAUGAUGAGGAAAGCAAGACCAUCGACAAAUUGAAUUGUGAGAAGAAGUUCGUAUGGCACGAUGCACCAAAAAUCCCGUCCAAAGACUUGCGUCAAGCCAUGGGUGGUGGAUGGCAACCCAUCAAGAAGCUCAGGGAAUUACGGGUUAAGAUGAACGACAAGUUGAAGCAGAAACCGGGGCAUCCGACUCCUGAAGAGACGUACGAGAGCCUGAGUGCGAUCUGCUUGCGAACCAACAACGGUAUUCAGUGGUGUCAUCUAAUCGGUGAGGAGACUAUGCCUGAAGGCUAUCGCGAGGAGUACUCCACGGAGGAAACCGUGUCGCUGGAAGGAAAUCUCUCAAGUCCCGGGCCUCUUUGCUUCAAGCGCUCACUUUUCAGGAGGCACAAAGACGAAUUGGUGGCGCAAGCAAUUUGGACUGUCCCAGUGGAUAUCCGUCUGUCUUUGACCCCGGAGCAUCCUUCAAACAAUAGUUUGGCACCAACCACGUCAUCGCUAGACACCAUGUUGACGAAGGUCUUCUCUUCGAUCCAGUCAAGCAUUGAAAAUGGGCGGGGGAUCGGAGAAAGUUUGGAAGAAGGAAGAAAGAGCCUGGAGCAGCUGAUGAGAUUGGCUGGGGAACUGAUAGUCGAACCGUGUCAGUCCACGUUUGGCAGCAUCGAUUCCAGUGUGCCGGCCGGCCAAUCGACACUGCAAAGGGACCUUUCCAAACAGGAAUACGAUGGCCCAAACAGGUAG